ACAAUUGAGCCCACACCACUAAAAUAAAUUGGAUGUCCUCCCACGCUGCCAAAGCCGCCCGCUCUGGUUCUCAGGCUCUGUCAAGACUGUCCCCCACCCCUGCAGUAGCAUCUCGAGCAAUGCCAACAGCAACAGCAACAGCAACAGCAACACCCACAACCUCUGCCGCACCCAGGACCUUUGUAACCAGCUGUAGCUCCUCUAGACAUUCGUCACCAUUCGCACAACAGAAACACAAGUCAUUUUCGACACAACCCGCCAACAUGUCGACCAUGCCCGCCCAGCACGGCCACUCCGUGGGCUGCUGCAACAUCCCGCCUGUCGUGUCCAAGGGAUACGAGGUCAAGGGCACGUACGAGGAGAUCGGAGGCAAGAAGACUUAUGUCACCGGUCCCUCCGACGCGAAGAAGGCCAUCGUAGUUGUCUACGACAUUUUCGGAUACUUCCCCCAGACUCUCCAGGGAGCAGACAUCCUGGCCACCAGCGGCUCCGAGAAGUACCGCGUCUUCAUCCCUGACUGGUUCGUCGGCGAGCCCUGCCCCAUUGAGUGGUUUCCUCCCAACACGGAGGAGAAGCAGAAGAACCUGGGCGGCUUCUUCCAGAAAUUCCCGCCCCCCAAGAUCGCCAGCCUGGUUCCCGACUACGUCAAGGCCGUGCAGUCCAAGUACUCUUCUCUCGAGUCAUUCGGUGUCCUUGGUUACUGCUGGGGAGGCAAGGUCGUCUCUCUUGUCACCUCCGGCGAGAGCAACCCUUUCAAGGUCGGCGCCGAGAUUCACCCCGCCAUGGUCGAGCCUGAGGACGCCAAGGGUAUCAAGAUCCCUCUCAUCCUUCUUGCGUCCAAAGACGAGCCCGAGGAGGACGUCAAGAAGUUCGAGGGCAACCUGAGCGUCGCCAAGCAUGUCGAGACGUUCAAGGACCAGAUACACGGAUGGAUGGCUGCCCGCUCCGACUUGGAGGACCCCAGGGUUAAGGAGGAGUACACCCGUGGCUACAAGACCGUUCUCGAGUUCUUCGCGAAGAAUUUCUGAGCGAUGACGGAGACGACGUGCUCCAUGCGAAAGGAAAAUGAAUAAUGAAACCAGAAUCUGACCUAUGCCAUGUUUUGAUGGUGUUUUUAUAUACUUGAAUUGCUCCAACAUUCUACAUUGGUUCUUGUAACGUUGAAAAUGCGGCACGUCAACUUCAAGCUCGGUUGCAAGUGACGAGCAAUUGAUUACUUGACAACAAUGGGACAGAUGAUCUACAAAAAUGACAGAAACCAUAAGUGUAGUAUAGCCAUAUCCGGUACCGGCCAGCCAACGCGUACCUCAACAAAUCUCAUGAUAGGGUACCCUAUAGACAGCAUAGACAGUGUCCCCCAUGAGUGUUGACGGAGCGCCAGACAGAAAACGAUUCAGCUGAUGGCGGGAACGUCGCAGAAGCACU